AUGUUGUGGCAGAGAAGACGUGAUAGGGAGCCUGCAUACAUUGUGGACGACGAAAUGCUGCCCUCAGCUAUUUCCAUUCCGUCGUCUUGCUUACCGAAAGUUGAUGUCAUGGCCAUUCCCCAGUACCCGAAUGUCAUUGCAUCAGCACCGCCAGAAAGGUUUUCGGUUCUUUUUAGGAUAAAUGCGCCAUCAAUGUCAGAAUAUCCAGAUUAUCAUCCCCUGAAGCGUGCUGCUAUUGAUCUUGUCCUAGUACUGGAUUUUAAUGGAUACAUCGACAAGAAAUCAUUGAAACACGUCAGAAAGGUUGUUUGUUAUGUUAUAGAUCACUUGAGUUCCUCGGACCGGCUUUCCAUAGUGUCGUCUUACCCUAAAGAUAAGAAGGUUUUACCCCUCUGUUUAAUGACCGAGCAAGGAAAGGAAAGCGCCAAACAAACUGUUAGUAAACUUAUCUUUACAAAAGGUCCAAUUGACGCUGUAAAAGUUCUAAAGAUAGCAGCUCGGAUUCUCGAGAAAAGGAGAUAUAAGAACGCAGUAGCAUUCAUUAUGCUCUUGUCUGAUAGGAGAGAUCAGUGCAUCAUACAGAAUCAAGGAUCGAGUAACGGAGAAAAGGCUAUAGAGUACCUGGAUAACUUACCAUAUUCGAUCUAUCCUCAGUUCUCAAAAGAGAUGAAUCGUAAUUUCUUCAAAUAUGACAUCUUUCCGGUGUACGCCUUCGGUAUUGGUCCAUACCACAAUCCAGUUGGGCUGCACGCAUUAUGUUCGGCCACUGGAGGUACUUACUCAUCGUUGGAAACCUCCGAGCUUCUCCUAGACGCAAUCGCCUGCUGCCUCGGAGGCCUUCUCAGCGUAGUGACACUAGAGUUUAGUCUGACGCUUACACAAGGAACGGUUGAUGUUGAGAUUCUCGAACUCAAUUCCGGGGACUUCUACAGUAUCAUUCGCGAUAUGGAAGGGACUUCAGCCGAUAUCAAAGUGGGGAACAUUUUGGCCGAUGAGGCGAAAGAGUUUCUAAUCCAAGUAUCACUCCCUAAACAUGAAAUUGAUGUCCUUCAAUCUGAAUCGAUCCUAACCUUUCGCUGGGCAUACAAAGAUGCAGUGACAUAUAGCGGUACAGAAGUUCAAUAUUUUCAUGCGGUCGACAUAGGUCGACCACAACGUUUGCCCGGGCCUUUGUUUCACUACGAAAGCAUCCAAGUUACGCGACAGAGUAUUUGCCUCCUUGUUGCAGACAGCAUUAGCAAGGCCUUAAAUAUGGCGGAAGCUAGCGGAGUGAAAUCUGCACGAAAGUUUCUAUUAGACAUAGAAUCAGAAAUAACCGAGAGGGGUUCUGUGGACCACAGCCAUAGUCUGUGUCGUUGGAUUCUGGAUGGAAUGCGUGAAGUAGUACGAAGAAUGGAGAGAGGUGAGCUGGGAUUUAAAAGAGGCGGGCACGCAUAUGCUCUAUCGAUUCUGAGUUCUUACGACACACAGAGGACCACGAUUACUGGCAGCCCAGUGGAUCUCCAGGAUCAUCCAUUCCAGACACCCAAUACAAUUGAAAUGGUGAGGAAGUCGAGAUACGCGCAAGGCAUUCGUAGGUAA